AAGUGACUUGGGGAGCGCGACGUGUUAGAAUGCGCAAAAUGUUUUUCUCUCUGCUAAAGUUGACUCACUGUUAUUUUAGUCCACGCUUAGUCACAGUUUCAAGAAUGAAUGUGCCCGGCCGGCCGUUAGCAUCUCAGCUCGCUCGGCAGGAAUGUGGUUCCAGCUGCGUUGCCGUAGAAUCUAAAGCACAGACGUUAGCUCUGGAGAUCCGGCCAAUGUCAAGUGCGACUACGCAAAUCCUGGAGUUUGACCAGAGCCGCUGACGUUCACGUUCCGAAAGCUUUUGGCGCACGAAAACCGUUCCGCAUCAAGACGUCACUUGGGACAGACCACCGUGCACGUUGAGACAAGAUGUUAGCUGUAGUUGGUUGUCAAAGGCUGUUUUUUUUUUUUUUCGUCUGUGGUAAGUCUCGGUUGACAGUCAGGGUAAGUAAAGUCGACACCUUUUGUUAUUCUGACAUUUUCAACUUUUGACAGCGGGCGAUUGAUCGCACCGUUACGUUAAGGCUUCCCAGCUAAAAGUAGCGACGUCGUGUCCAACGGGUUUUGAGCCAUUUCCUCCAAGUGGUUCUAUACGUUGCUGAAACAUCACAUCUGCGUGGCGCUAAGCAAUCAAACGUACACAAUAGAGCAGAAUGUUUAGCUUAUUAACAGCAGUUAGCGCUUUAGGGAUGCGGACUCCGGGACCGAGCUAGCCACCAUAGCUAGAGAUGUCGGAAUGUUUGACAGUAAGCCUGCCGACACGUUAGCCCCUCCUCUUGGAAUGAGCCCGCAUGAGCAUCUUCUUGCUAGCUAGCCCAUACAACGUGCUACUUUGCAAUCAGUCGCUUCCGGUCCACCGAACGGGAGUCCGCCGUGCACCAAGAACGCAAGUCCGAUGACACAACUUCAUUUCCGUUCGUGGCCGACAUCUGCUCGUAAGACGUUUUGAAAGGCUGCGGAAGCUAAGCUCAUGAACGACGACGAUCCCGUGAUUCCCAACCUUUACUGAGCCAACUUUGACGUGAGAAAACCGUCAUGGCUUGUAACGCGUGCCUCACUUGUCCAAUACGGCUCAUCGAAUGCGCGCGUUCUCUCGGUGACGUUGUUUGAUUGCGGUUUCUUUGCGGUCACGAUUGGUUACUGCGUGCAAAUUCUCAAGGUUGGCAAGUAGCUGACCGGGAUCUCGCUGGAACUGACGCAUUUGAUUCACAGCCAAUUGGUAGUGCCGUGAACUCUUGAAUAGCAUCGCGAGAACCGAUUAUUUUCACUCACUGUCUUUCUUCACAGGUGUACGCUGGGGCAAAACUAAUAUGAACAAAUGAUAAAAUACAGGAGGAAUCCCCCCCCCCCCCUCCUCUCCUACCUUCACUUGCCAGAUAGACACAUAGCAAACAACCGUACGCUCUACAAGACUGAACAGCUUGAAUUGAAGCAUUCUGGGACUUUGAACAUUCCCGUCUGGGGAGUGCCGUCACGAAUGCGGCAUGUCACGUAUUGACCACGUGGAAAAUAACAAUGCGGGAAGGAGAGAUUUGGUAAAGUGGGAUCGAUCAGGUGAAUCGAAUCGUUUACUGCGGCGCGCCUUCGGACCUUCGCUCAUGGCACAGUGGUUGGGAAUCGCCGGUCUGAUUGUUGGAGCUUUUGCUCAUUUGCUGCGCAAUGAAUGCAAUCGGCCAAGGAAAGCCACUCGGCGGCGGCGGCGGCGGGCCCCGCAACGUUUGGAUUUGCGGCCAUUCGCUGGUGUACUGGGCAGAGUCGCGGGCCAAGUCUGCGGAGGUCGGCGCCCAGCUGGGCAUGGACCCCGACAAGCUGAUCCUGCGGUGGAAGGGGGUCCAGGGCAUGACCUGGCCCCAGCUGCUGCCCCUGCUCCAGCAGCUCAAGGUCAGCUGGCCCCACCCCCACGCGCUCGUCAUCCACCUGGGCGGCAACGACUUGAACACCGAAACGCCCAGCGACCUGCUGGCGUCGGUCAGGAAAGACGUGGCUUCCCUGAGGACCGCCUUCCCCCACUGCGUCCUGGUUUGGUCCCACAUCCUCCCCCGCCGGGCGUGGCGCCACUCGCCGGACGCCCACGAAGUGGAUCUGGUCCGAAGCACGGUCAAUCGGCGAAUCCGCAACAUUUUCUCCGAGCUGGGUGGCGUCUCUCUGACCCACGACAACAUCCGCUGCGGGACCAACACGGGCCUCUACCAAGCCGACGGAGUCCAUUUGUCACCCAAAGGGAUGGACGUGUUCAACGGGAACCUGCGCGACUUUCUGGAGAAGUGGGCCGAAGAAGUCGCCGCCGCCGCCGCCGCCCCGCAGUAACGCGGCGUGCUGACAAACGCAGCCCUUACUCCCCAUCUUCUUUUGUUUGUUUUAAUAAAUGUGGUUUGAGCGGCGCCGCUGAUAAGUUUGCGCUUCUUUGCGAUCGACGUCAUUUGUCGAGACAAACGUGAAGCGGCGGCGCGAAGGCACGGACCCGUUUUAAGCGGCCCUCGCAUCCGAACCCGCGUCAGGUGAGUGAACCGCUCUCCCGUUGGCUUCGACGCAAACGCUCACCGUGAAGGUCCGUGGGAGAGAUCUAGAACA